AUGCCAGUGUUUGGGGCGUGGCGUGACGUGACUCUUGUAGUGGCAACCGCGAACGAUGAGGUGGAGGGGAGAGUGGUACUGACGCCCAGUUUAAAGGAGGCACCACAACUACUGGGACUACUGUUGGGUGGUUGGACUUCGAGCCCGGAUAGCUCAGUCGGGUUCGAGUCCCUGUUCGGGCGUCGCCUUCCCCUUUUCUCUCCGUCCCCACCGCCAAUCAACAAUGUGCAAUUCAACGCCGUCUACAUCAGCAUCCGCAUGCUAGCGUGUGUGCAUGUCGGCGGUGGUGGCGGUGGUGGCAGUGGUGGUGGUGGUGGUGGUGGCGGCGGUGGUGGUGGUGGUGAUAGUGGCGAUUGCUGUGAGGAUCGGAAGCCUUAUGAGGUGGAGGAAGAGGCGUGCCCGCGUGGCCUAAUGGAUAAGGCGUCUGCCUCCUAA